AUGGAAUCUCGUGCAGAAAUGUCUUGUGUUUUGAAAGUGAAUAUCAACUGUGAUACAUGCAGAAGGAAGGUGAUGGAUGUGUUACAAAAUCUCCAUGGGGUAUAUUCAGUUGUUAUUGAUGCAGAGAAAGGGACAAUGAAAGUUUCAGGGAAUGUAAACCCAAAUCUAAUUUUGAACGUCUUUGAAAAAUAUGGGAAACAUGGUGAAAUCUCUUGUGUUAAAUUUGAGGGGGAAACUAGGGACCCAUUUUACCAUCACUCUUGUAACUAUUAUGGUGGAAAUGGGUUCAUUCCUUAUGGAUCAAUUCACCCAUAUCCAUUUAUGCAAGGGCCAGACCCUUACUUUCCAUGGUAUGAUAGUCAUCACUAUGCCCCAACACCUUUUCCACCACCGCCACCACCCCUGCCGCCUCCACCUCCACCACCGUUGCAACCGGUGAUUAACUAUUUUCCACCUAAAGCACCACCAGCAGUUGAAUUUGAACUCCCUGAGGAGAUGAAUCCAGAUAGGUGCAAUAUAAUGUAA